AUGGUGGUUGAAGUCGGUUCGUUGAACCGCAGUGCGUUGGAACCCUUCAAGACAUGGCGCCUCGGAACUUCAGCUUGCGAAGACGAUGGCGGUAUCAACAUCGACCCCCAUCUCUUCUCGCCACAGGCUUUGAGACGAUGUGCCAAGCAUGAGUCCAACUGCCCUUCAGCUUCAAUCCUCAGAACCACCUUGGUUACCACCAGUGCCCAUGGCCCAGAGCAUGGAUCAAAGAUAUUUGCAACAACAUCCGCUGAAACUGCCCAGACGAACUCAAUCACCUCUUCACCCACAAAUCCGCCGACAGUACCACCUUUCGUCUUCCCUCCCAGCCAGGAGAAGGCCAACUUCGUCUUCUCGAGCCAGCCCUCAUCUUUCAAUAGAGUAAAGCGUGCUAGAGCCGAGUCCGAUGUUGACGGCCCAUACACAGCCGGGCUGAGUUGUAAAAAGCGACGCUUGAGGCUUCAUCUCAUAACAAGUCGACUUUCUCAGCCCUACUCAUUACCCGCGACACAUAUCAUCAACCGUGAAGCCGGUCCCUUGGGCGACAAGCGUUUCGUGAAGCUGGCUGCUGUAGCCACCUCGCCCGAGGUCGGCAAACAGGGCCUACUUCGAGAGAGCUCCAUCAUGUUGAGAGCGGCAGUACUCAAUAGGAUUCGGCUACGUGUCCGAAAUGAGGCGACACAGCGCGGUGAUAUCGGUAUCGCCGUGACAGCUGCCAAUGCGGCUGUACUUCACCACGGCCAGCAACUAGCCACAGGAGCUAGGUUUGUUGCACAAUCGCCAGCACACCUAGAACACCGACAGCAGCCACUGCCAGCAAGGGUUGUUCUGAUGCGACCCGGAAUCUCUCCAGGCACUCCUCAUCCAACGAAUGCCCUGUCCGCCCAGGCGCAAAGAAAGCCAUCGCCUCCAUGGACGCCUCAAUCAACUCGGAUACAACCUGUAUCGCCGAGGUUAAACCCAAUCCGGUCACCAGUUCUAGCUCCUUCAAGCACGAUGCUGGACGAAAUGGAGGAUGACGGACUGCUGGCGUUUCCCACAUCAACACACGAGUGUUCCUACGCGUGGGCCGACGACGACGAUUUGGAAGAUGUGUACUCUGACUUUGGUGCCAUCUUCGGAGGAUCUGCACAGGCUGGUGAGACUGACGACGAUGGCAGCUCCUACGAAGAGUAUCUCGAUGAGCUGGAUGGCAUUUCUUGGGUCGGCGGCAGGUAG